GUCUGAUAAAACCACGCAGAUUCCUCUGGAAGACCAUAGUAGGCAUUAAUUCCCCUUCUUUAUCCAUCCGAACCACGCUACUGGAAUCUGCUUUUCACGGAAGCGCUGAUCACUCCUGCCCAACAUUUGUACAAGUUCACUCGUCACUUGCGGAAUCCUCAGUACUGAUUUUUUCGUUGCUAUUUUCGCGUUAUCAUCACGGUGACAAUUGCACCCAUCGAGGAUUUUGAACCACCUUUUUCCUCUCGAACGUGCCGGCAAGAAGUCAGCCUGAUCUAUCUAAAAUCUCGGCUUUGCACAUCCACCCGGUCUUCCAAGUAACUGAAGAUUGAAAACCCAUACAUCUCUCGUCCAGACGGGAAACCUCACAUCAUCACCUAAACCACUAUGUUAGUGCAAGUCAAAAACGUGGUUGCGCUGCUCUUGACCAAGGCCGAUAAGUCCGACGACGACUUGCGCCAUGCCGAGAGAUUGCUCGACGAAAACAGGACGCCCUACGGUGCAGCCGGCGGAAAUGACCGUGCCCAGAACGCCGCUGCAGAAGAGGCUAUAGUACUGGCAGCGAAGAACAUCAACAGCGAUUCCGAAGAUGAAAAUGAGGGCUCCGGGUUUCUCAACUCGUUUGAUCCCAGGGUCAUGAGCGACAUCAUCAUCGGGCUUUCCGACGGCUUGACCGUGCCCUUUGCAUUGACUGCCGGAUUGUCUUCUCUCGGCUCGUCCAAAUUAGUCAUCACCGGAGGAAUGGCCGAGUUGGUCUCCGGCGCCAUUUCCAUGGGCUUGGGCGGCUAUUUGGCCGCCAAGAGCGAGUUGGACUACUACCACAGCGAGGUCAAGAAAGAGAAGUUGCAGUUUUUCAAGAAGCCCGAGUCCAUCAACCAGGAGGCUGCGGAGAUCAUGUUUGAGCUCGGCGCGUCUGAGCAGACGAUCGCGUCCUUUUUGAAGGACAUGGGCCACACGCCCAAAAACCUCAUUGACUUUGUCAUUCGUUUCGGCAAGGGCCUUGAGGAGCCGGCCGAGGGCCGUGAGUUCACAUCUGCCCUCACCAUUGGCAGUGGUUACUUCAUUGGCGGCUUCAUUCCGUUGCUCCCCUAUUUCUUCUGCGAUGUUGUGCGCACGGGGCUCAUUGUAUCUGUCAUUGUCAUGAUCGUGACGUUGUUUAUUUUCGGUUACGUCAAAACGUCUGUGUCGUUGGGAGACGACUGUGGCACGAAAAAGAAGGUGUAUGAAGGCCUCCAGAUGGUGGCCAUUGGCUCUGUGGCUGCGGGUGCUGCCUGGACCUUGGUGUACUUCAUUGAGUAAUCCGGCUGGCCGAACU